AUGGCAUUGUGGGGAAUCGCCUACGCAUCCGGGCCGAAUUACAACAAGGCCUGGAAGUUUUUUGAUCCAAAGGAUCGCCGGGCUUCUAUCGAGAAGGUCAAUGAAGUUCUAGAACGAGCAUCCGCGCUGGCUAGCCAUGCCACUCCGGUUGAACAGGCAUUGAUCAAGGCUAUUGGUGCCCGCUUUCCAUCAGUCAAUGACAUACCCGACGACCUAAGUCCUUUUGAUCGCGCAUACGCAGAUGCCAUGCGCCCUGUGUAUCAGGAGUUUAGUGAUGAUAUAGACGUUGCGGCCCUCUUUGCUGAGGCGCUGAUGUGUAUCACCCCACGUGGACUAUGGGACUUGGAUACUGGCAAACCCACAGGGAAUCACACAGUUGAGGCUCGCGAUGUCAUCGAGCUGGGGCUGAAGCAGUCCUCGGGUCGUAAUCAUCCAGCACUCUGUCAUCUGUAUAUCCAUAUGCUGGAGAUGUCACCAUUCCCGGAAUUAGCCCUGCAGGCUGCUGAUCGACUGCGUGGGAUCGUCCCGCAUGCUUCGCACAUGUUGCAUAUGCCGACGCACAUCGAUGCGGCGGUAGGCGACUACCGCCGUGGUAUCGAGUCGAACCAUCAAGCGAUGCUGGCAGAUGACAUUUAUUUUGCCAAAGAGCCGGGCACUGUUAUGUACACAGCUUACCGGGCGCAUUAUAUCCGUGCGAAAUUGUAUUCUGCUAUGAUGUGCGGGCGCUUUUCAGAUGCAAUCUCUGCGGCAGAAAAGCUCGAACAGAUCAUCUAUCCUCAUGUGCUGGCGAUCAAGAGUCCCCCCAUGGCAGACUUCAUCGAGAGCUUUGUGGGGAGCAAGGCACAUGUUUUGGUGCGCUUCGGUCGCUGGGAGCAGAUUCUUGACCUCGAAUUUCCCACAGACCGUGAUACAUAUUGUGCGACCACAGCUAUCAUUUAUUAUACCCGUGGACUUGCAUUUAGCGCACUUGGGCGGAUCGCAGAAGCCGAAAAUGCCCAGAAAGAAUUUGAAACCGCGCGCAAGGCAGUCCCUAGUACGCGGUUCAACAGCAUUCCAUGCAAGGAGGAAGACGUCCUCAGGGUGGCAUCAGCGAUGCUUGCUGGAGAAUUGGAGUACCGAAAAGGGAACAUCGAGGAAGGCUUUUCCUUCCUGAGGGAAGCCAUUGUGCUCGAGGAUGGACUUGCGUACUCUGAUCCGCCCCCCUGGAUGCAGCCAGUCCGUCAUGCUCUCGGUGGCCUAUUGCUGGAGCAAAAUCGCAUCGAAGAGGCAGAAGUGCUGUUUAAACAAGAUCUGGGCUUCGCUCCAGACUAUCCUCGGCGCAGGGCAAAACUCAACAAUGUAUGGGGCUUGCAUGGCUUAUAUGAAUGUUUUUCUCGCCUUGGCAAGACUGCCGAAGCGGCUUUCAUUGAACCUGCACGCGACAUUGCUUUGGCAUCUGCAGACAUUCCAGUUAACGUCUCUUAUGACUUCCAACGUGAAUAUCGCAAGAGGGCUUCGUUCCGGAUCUUCAAGCCAAAACCACUCGAAUGCGAGGGAUCAAGUCCAGUUGGUGACUCGGAAACAUUGCUCGGAGAUGACCCACGAGAGAGAAGUGACUCAACAGUCAAGAUUUAG